ACAUAAUCAUCUUUGGUGAGGAUACAGAGGGUAGAGGAUUUCUCUGUAACUAAGUCACACACUCUCCAUUUCCAGAUGAUUGAAGAGCCGCUCACCAUGGAGCCAAAGGACAGGCCAGGUCCUCGGUGGAGUCUGGGAUCCGGCUCUGGUCUAAAUAAUGGCUCUUCUGUGAAGAGCUUUUCAUCACUUACACCAAAGGCAGAAGAACAGGAGAGACCAGCUUUAUCACCUAGACGCGCCAAUAUAUCUGUAGCCGUGCUUUGCUACAUCAACUUGCUGAACUACACAGAGCGGUACACAAUAUCAGGUGUCCUUCCCAACAUUCAAAAAUUCUUUGAUAUAAGUGACAGUAUCGCUGCACUUAUACAAACAGUUUUCACCUGCAGUGUCCUGCUUUUGGACCCUCUCUUCGGUUACCUCAGGGAUCGCUACAACCGGAAAUACAUCAUGAUUGGCAGUUUGUGUGUGUGGCUUGUGACUGCAGUCGGCAGCUCUUUUGUCACAGAGUCGUACUUCUGGCUGCUGAUGCUGUUGCGAGGCAUGGUCGGGAUAGGAGAGGCCAGCUGCACCACCAUUGGUCCCACUAUCAUUAGUGACCUCUUUGUUGGGGCUCAACGGAGCAAAGUUGUCUGUGUCUUCUACAUCUUUGGCCCUGUCGGAUGUGGUCUUGGAUACAUAAUAGGGGCAGGGGUUGCUACUCUCACAGGAGACUGGCGCUGGGCUCUCAGGAUCACUCCCAUUUUGGGUGUAGUGGGAAUCGUCUUGCUGGUCUUCUUAUGCCCUAACCCACCCAGAGGUGCUGCAGAAACCCAGGGAGAGGGAGUUACAGGGGAGAGCUCCUACCUGGAUGACAUCAAGUAUCUUAUGAAAAAUAAAAGUUAUGUGUGGUCAACAUUGGGAGUGACGGCUACAGCCUCCCUCUCCGGAGCCCUGGCUUUCUGGAUGCCUACUUUUCUGUCCAGAGCUCGGAUCAAUCACAGACUCCAUCUGCCGUGUGUCAAAGAGCUCUGCAACCCCAUAGACAGUUACAUCUUUGGUGCUGUGAUGAUGGUGGCGGGCGCUCUGGGAGGGAGUCUUGGCAGUGGUUUAUCCAGAUGGUUUGGGGACAAGGUCCCAAAGGCAUACCCAAUCAUCUGCGCAGUGGGCCUGUUGGCAUCAGCUCUCUGCAUCUAUAUCUCCAUCGUUACGGCAUCAGCAAGCAUUCCUGCCACUUAUGUAUUCAUAUUCUUUAGUGAAACAUUGUUUAUGCUGAACUGGUCUGUCAUGAUGGAUAUACUGCUGUCUGUUAUCAUACCAACCAGAAGGUCCUCAGCUGUGGGUUUCCAGACAACAAUCUGUCAUCUACUGCGUGAUGCUGUGAGUCCUUACAUAGUAGGAGCGAUCUCUGAUGCUGUACGUAACUCUAAACCUGCAACUUACGACUGGAGCUUCCGCAGUCUGAUGUACAGCCUCCUGGUCUGCCCAUUUGUUGCGGUCCUGGGUGGACUGUUCUUCCUCAUGACUUCCGCCUACAUUAUUGAAGACAGGAAGGCAGCUGCGCAAUUGGUUAUAGGAGAUCUCCCACCACAGCAGCGUCCUGCAUCUGAGCCCCCAAUGGAACUGAGCAACGGGGGAAGUCCGUAA